AUGGGCAAAGGUAAGCAAAUGCAGAGUUGGGAAGAGGAAAUGGCGCAGAAUAAAGAGGCCUGGAAACUGACGGUCGAAUCAAAAGCAAUACCAUGCAGUGAUGAGGAAGACAUCAUGGCAAUCCUCCAGGAGCAAAACGAGGCCAUAGCUCUGAAUCGUAUUGAUAGAAGCUUGGUUAGAUUGGAAUGGCUAGAUGCUUACCCAGAUACUCGCCUAAGAGGAGGUCCGAGGGGCCUAUCAGAUCAUUGUUCUCUGGUAGUGGAAGAUAGAAAAAUAGCUCAAGGACCAAGACCGUUCCGCAGUCUAGACGCAUGGUUCACGCAUGAAGGUUUUCUAAAGAUGAUGAAGGAAGAAUGGAGGGGAUUAGGGGAUGUGCAAUUCCUGGAUAAACUGAAGGCAAUGGCAAAACCACUGAGUAGAUGGCACAAGCAGCACUUUGGGAAUAUAAGUGAGAAGAUCCAAAGGUUUGAGGACGAGAUCAAGAAAAUGGAUGACAUAGUUAACAACGGAGUAUAUGAUGGUACAAUAGAAGUAAGAAGAAAGGCACUGGUAAGAUGUUGUGAGGUAUGGUAUGAGAGACAAAAUAUACACUGGAAGCAAAUGUCUAGGUCUCAACAUGCUAAGGAGAUGGAUAGGAAUACCAUAUAUUUUCAUAAUAUUGCAUCAGCAAGAAGAAGGAAUAAAUGGAUUGAGUCUUUAAUGAUUAACGGAAGGUUGGUAAGGAAUCAUGCACGGAUUAAGGUUGCAAUUAGAGAUUUUUACAGGAGCCUAUACCACCAAGAUGAGUCGCCAAAUAUCAGUUUUCGAGAUGGUUUACUUAAUCGCUUGGAGAUGGAGGAAGCUCAAGCACUAGAGGUGUUACCGACGGAGGAGGAAAUAAAGGAGGCAGUAUGGGAUUGUGAAUCAUCUAAGGCUCCGGGUAGUGAUGGAUACAACAUGAAUUUUAUAAAAAGAUGUUAG